AUGCCUACGGCCUCGCCGGGGUGCGGGGAACCAGCGGAGGACGCUGAGGAGAAAACUGACGGCGCAUCCGGUUCACCGGGAGAGGAGACCUGGAAAGACCCGGGAUGGGGCAGGAAGUGGGCGUGGCCAGGGAGCGGGGGCCUCGGCGAGCAGCGCUGCGCGGCGCACGCCGCCCGCGAUCUGCCGGAGCCCCGCGCAGCGGCGGAGGGCGUGGUCCUCUUCGCUGCCUCGCCGAUGGGAACCCUAGGCGGACCUGCUGCUGACACCAGCACCUGCUCCCGGGGAUGUGCAAGGGUCCUGUUUAUCCAGCGCUCUACCUGGAACCAGAGACACACAUAA